UAUUUUUAUAAAAAUUAUUUAUUCACAAAUCAACUAUAUUUUUAAAUUAAAUAUGGAAGGACAAGCACAAGUAUUCAGCCAAAUGAUAACACAAGAAGAACAUAUGCAAUGGGAGUUCUCAAGUCUUGACAAUAACUUUGGCCAAGAUGAUGAGGAGAACUGUGCUCACCCAACUUCUCUGUUCUGCAAUACCUGGUCUCGCUUUGAUCAAGAUUUUGAAAAUCCUGCUUUUAUCAGGAAUCAGAGUCUGCUUCAAAAUAUUGAUGACCUGGAUCAAACACAGAAGCAGACUGAAGUCUGAAUCCCACAGAGAGGUGAAGACCUUUCUUGUCAGAAAGCCGACAGAAUUGAAGCUAACAGAAAUGAGUCAGAAUCUGUUUCUAAUAGUUAUAAAAGAGUGCAAUCUUACGAAGAUCAGAUAGAUAUUGAAUCUUUCUUCAACUCUAAAAUUGUCUGUGAGGAUAGGAAUGAACUCUACUUAAGACUCGACGAGUUCUCUGAAAAACUAUUGGAAGAUUCUCACCCAGAUUCAAGUGAAGAUCAAAUUCACGAUAUUGGGAAGUACGUUACUCCCCAAAUAGAAGAAGAUAUUGUAGUAGCCUCUACUACUCAGGAGGAAUGUAAGGAGGGUCUAGUAAAGAAGAUUACUCCUCUAAAGUCAACUCAUGAAGAGUCCUCCUCAGAUGAUGCUAAAAGUGAAAUUAACCUAUGCCCUGAUGGUACUAUUAAAAAUGCAUGUAAAAGUCUCGGAUUCGAAAAAUAUGCUGCUUCUUACAGCUGAAGUCAACACCAAAGCUUCUACAGAGCCUUGGAGGGAAGUGUAGAACUUUCUACACGUAAAGGAUCUUCAGAUAAGGAGUCUAAUGCAUUGAGCGUCCGUAGAUCAUGCUUUAGAGCCCUCAGUGCUUUCUUCAAAAAUUCUUUUUCAAAGUUUAACAGAGCCUGGCAAGAUAAAAGGAGAAACAAGAAGAAGACAAAAGAUAUGAAUAAUUUCAUCGAUACAUACAUCAAACAAGAGUUUGGAGAUGAGAUCUCUAAAAUGGACCCAGAGUUCUAUAAAAAUCUCAGGGAUGCAGUUAUCUCUAUCCUCCACUCACACAGAUACAAGAAGCAAGAAGAGUUCACUAAGGACAUUGACUUCUCGAUUAUUAGAGAUGUUCUAUACUCCUACACUCUUGAAGCACGUCAGAGAUUCAUGUCUCGCCCUGCUUUCGCCCUAAUCUAUCACCAUUUCUUUGUCAAUGGAGCUUAUAAAUUCUUGGUUAGUAAAGUUCAAUGUAAGUCUAAGUUAACCGCUUUUGAACUUGAAAAAGAACUUGUAGGCCUCCAUCAUGACGCAGUAACAACAUUACAAUAAUUCCA